GUCUUUCAUUAUCCGGCGUAUGAGCGUGUAACGUUUUUCCCGUGAUUUCCACACGCAGCAGCGGAAAUUACAACAACAACAACAACAGCAGCACGAACAAGAACAACCAAAACAAUAACACCAACAAUAAAAGAGAGCAGCGGCAAACGGUUUUUUGCUGCGCUUCUCCUAUUUUAAGUGCCGAGCGUUUUACUAUUUUUACUACACAACAAUACACACAGAUGCAGAGGUAUUUGCUGGUGUGAGUUGUGUUAGGAAAAACAAUAAAAACAAAAACAGUGUUAAAUGCUAGUGAAAUGAUCUUCCAUAAAUAAAAUUUGAAAUAAAUUUGAGAAAAUAAUGUAAGUGAAAAUGCCAAGAAAUUGCAGCAGUAGCAGCAGCAAGAAAAGCACCAACGAUGUUGAAGAGCCGAAACUAGGCUAAAUAUCUUUGCAUACUUUUGGGAAAGUUGUGCGGCACUUACAGACACACACACACACAUACACACAAACGUGAAUAACGGCAGGACCUGCGCCUGCGGUCGCCGACAUUUGAACCUGUUUUCUGACCGUUGACCGCCGACCACCGAGCGUCGCACCGGCCACCGCUUCUCACUUUUGGCAAAGCGAACUGCAGCUGCCGCUGCCGCUGCCGAGCCUGUGCCUGAGCCUCUAAAAAGGAAAAAGGAUAAAGGAAAAUGUGCACAAAAACUGCAUAGACCCACAAAAUCAGGCGAAAGCACGGGUGAAAGCACGGGCGAAAGAGUUCAGAGUGGUCCGGUUCAACAGCCUCCGGGUGUUCGUGGCAAGCUCAACUGCAAAUUCGGCGGCAGCUUCGUGUAUCUGUGUGUCUGUAUCUGCAGCUGCAGCUCUGCAGCGGCGAAAAUUGUGUCAGCAGCAUCGGCAGCGGAUCCUGCAGCUCGCCAGACUGGCGCCACCAUCCUUGAUUGCCGGUGCAGCGGCCCAACUGCGCCAGAGUGUUGAACGUGCCAGUGCGAGAAUGCCUUCUCGCGGUCCCACGUCAUAGUCAUCCUCAUUAGCAACGAGCAACACUCCCGGCAGCAACACCAAUUGCAACUGCAGCAGCAGCAGCAGCAACCAGCAAUUAGCAGCCAACUACGAGCAACUAGCAACCAACUAACAAGCAGCACAAAUCACAGCCAAAUCGAACGCAACAAAGCUUCCAGAGUCCAGAGGCCAGAGCAGGAGAGCCAAUCACUUCCAGGACAGGGAGAAGCCAUCCCAGCCAGUAACCAGCCAUGCAGUUGCUCCUCAAGUCAAUCUUCACCUGCGCACUACUAGUGAUCUUCGUGUACGCCACCGCCCAGUCACUCCUCAAAGUGCAGGAGAGCGAGGCGCGGCGGGCGUAUCUCAAUGGCACCUCCACCUCCUCCUCCUCCUCCUCCUCGUCCUCGUCCUCCAGUAAUCUCAGCCAGGAUGGCCACUUCCUCGGCCGGCGGCUGAGGCAGAUGAUGCACGGCGAGGAGGGCGAGGAAGGGGCGCCCUCGCAGAUGGAGGACGACCUCAACCAGCAGUUGAAGACCAACGUGGACGCGCCGGACAAGGAGGAGCUGCGCAAGUGCAGCGAGGGCCUGGUGCUGCCCGUGUGGACGCCGGAGUUCAACAUAUCCAUGGGCGACCGCCUCAUCCGCGGCUUCGUCUACUUCGUCCUGCUGAUCUACCUGUUCGUGGGCGUGUCCAUCAUAGCGGACCGCUUCAUGGCCGCCAUCGAGGCCAUCACGUCCAUCGAGCGGGCGGUGGUGGUCAAGGGGCCGAACAACGUCAAGCAGGUGAUGCACGUGCGCAUCUGGAACGAGACGGUGGCCAAUCUCACGCUGAUGGCCCUCGGGUCGAGUGCCCCCGAGAUCCUGCUGUCCGUGAUCGAGAUCUACGCGAAGGACUUCGAGAGUGGCGACCUGGGGCCCGGCACCAUCGUGGGCUCCGCCGCCUACAACCUCUUUAUGAUCAUCGCCGUGUGCAUGAUCUGGAUACCGGCGGGCGAGGUGCGACGCAUCCGGCACCUGCGCGUCUUCUUCGUGACCGCCCUCUUCUCGAUUUUCGCCUACGUGUGGCUGUGGCUCAUCCUGUCCGUGUUCACGCCCGGCGUGAUCCUGGUCUGGGAGGCGAUCGUGACCUUGCUCUUCUUCCCGCUGACCGUGCUAUGGGCAUACAUCGCCGAGCGGCGGAUGCUCGUCUACAAGUACAUGGACAAGAACUACCGCGUGAACAAGCGCGGCACCGUGGUGGCCGGCGAGCACGACCAGGUGGAAAUGGAUGCGGAGAAGGGGCCCAAACACCCGAUGGUCACAUCCGCGCGCGGCACCGACGCCGAGGCCUUCGACGAGGCCCGUCGCGAGUACAUCACUGUGCUGACGGAGCUGCGCCAGAAGUACCCCGACGCCGAUCUCGAGCAGCUGGAGAUGAUGGCCCAGGAGCAGGUGUUGGCGCGGAGCAGCAAGUCGCGCGCUUUCUACCGCAUCCAGGCCACUCGCAAGAUGGUCGGCAGCGGCAACCUGAUGCGCAAAAUUCAGGAGCGAGCCCACAGCGACCUCACCGAGGUCAAGGCCCAGCUGCAAGCCGGCGACGACGAUGAGGCGGACGACCCCAUCCGCAUGUACUUCGAGCCGGGCCACUACACCGUCAUGGAGAACUGCGGCGAGUUUGAGGUGCGGGUGGUGCGUCGCGGCGACAUCUCCACCUACGCCAGCGUGGAGUACGAGACGCAGGACGGCACCGCCUCCGCCGGCACCGACUUCGUGGGCCGCAAGGGCCUGCUCAGCUUUCCGCCCGGCGUCGACGAGCAGCGCUUUCGCAUCGAGGUGAUCGACGACGACGUCUUCGAGGAGGACGAGUGCUUCUACAUCCGCCUCUUCAAUCCCUCCGAGGGCGUCAAGCUGGCCGUGCCCAUGAUCGCCACCGUCAUGAUCCUGGACGACGAUCACGCCGGCAUCUUCGCCUUCACGGACUCCGUCUUCGAGAUCACCGAGUCCGUCGGCAAGUUCGAGCUGAAGGUGAUGCGCUACUCCGGCGCCCGCGGCACAGUCAUCGUGCCCUACUGGACGGAGAACGACACGGCCACCGAUGCCAAGGACUAUGAGGAGGCUCGCGGCGAACUCAUCUUCGAAAACAAUGAAUCUGAGAAAUUCAUCGAUCUGUACAUCCUGGAGCAGAGCAGCUAUGAGAAGGACGUCAGCUUCAAGGUGCACAUCGGAGAACCUCGAUUGGCGCCAGAUGACACUAAUAAGGAAUCAUUUUUCAAUCGAUUUUUUGAAAAACACGAACACUCCGGAGAUCCCACUCACGAUGAAAUGGCAGCCAAAAUCAUGGAGGUCGAGAAGAAAUCCGUUCAGGAUCUCACCGAACUGGAUCGCAUCCUGCUGCUGAGUAAGCCAAGGAACGGAGAACUGACCACCGCAUACGUGCGCAUUCGAGAGAGCCAGGAAUUCAAGGCUACAGUCGACAAGCUGGUGGCCAAAGCGAACGUUUCUGCCGUCCUUGGCACUUCGUCCUGGAAGGAACAGUUUAAGGAUGCCCUCACCGUCAUCCCAGCCGAUGAAAGUGAGUUCGAUAACGACGACGAUGCGGAGGAGGAGGUGCCCAGCUGCUUCAGCUAUGUCAGCCACUUCAUCUGCCUCUUCUGGAAGGUUCUCUUUGCAUUUGUGCCGCCCACUGACAUUUGCGGCGGCUAUGUGACCUUUGUGGUAUCCAUAUUCGUGAUUGGCGUCAUCACAGCCAUCAUCGGAGAUGCCGCCUCCUAUUUCGGCUGCGUUCUUAACAUCAAGGACUCGGUAACGGCCAUCCUGUUUGUCGCCCUGGGCACCAGCAUACCAGAUACUUUCGCCAGCAUGAUAGCGGCCAAGCACGACGAGGGCGCCGAUAAUUGCAUCGGCAAUGUCACGGGCAGCAAUGCGGUCAACGUGUUCCUGGGAAUUGGCCUGGCCUGGACCAUCGCCGCCGUAUACCACAGCUCCCAUGGAGCCACCUUCAACGUGGAGCCGGGAACGAUUGGAUUUGCCGUGGCGCUCUUCUGCGGCGAGGCCCUGAUUGCCAUCUUCCUCAUCAUGUUCCGGCGCUGGCACAAGGGCAUUGGCGCCGAACUAGGUGGCCCGAAGGUCUCCAAAUACAUUAGCGCCGCGAUCCUGGUUUUCCUCUGGGUAUUCUACGUGGUCAUCUGCAUACUGGAGGCCUACGAUGUCAUCGAAGUCUAGAGAGCUGGCAACUGCAUUGAUUUGACUUUGGCGUUGGCGUUGGCUUUGUUAUUCGCAUUGGCGUUGGAUUUUUGGCAGAAUCCGUAAAGUUAGACGAGUAUUCGGAAGACAGAAGACAGUAGAGCUAAACGAUAUUGAGAAGCUGUCGUAUGAUGCUGUAGAUGCAGUUUUUAUAUGUAAACUUAUGAAAUUGAUUUAUAUAUAUGAAAUGUGCUCGGCGCUAUAUAUAAAUAUUUCUUGUGUAAAAUUUAUGUUAAUACUAAAAGUAAAAUUUUAAUGUUUAACUAGGUUUAAGUGAGGCUUAUAUACAAAAACCAUUUUUACGAUUAUUAUCUCUAUUCAUAUAUAAAUUGUAAAUACAGAAAGGCUGCCACGGCUCAGCAAUCUUGUAACUGUAACAAGAUCAUUUAUUGUUAUGCCAUAUAUACUUAAUUUACCUUCUAAAAUACCAUUAUAUUUAUUAUAUCAUUCUGUGUACAACCUAAGUCAUUAUUGUUGUUGUUUGUUAAAGCUGUACUUACUCCACCCCCAAAAACCCAAGGCGGAAUGUCGGGAUUGGUCUCAAAUUAGAGUUUCAAUCGGGUUCCCCUCUCCGAAUUCGAUAUUGUCUCUCCAUCUGCCGAAUACCAUUGUUAAUUUAAUACAUGUGUAAGUUUUAGGAAAAAUCCAAAGGUUUUAGCCAACAAGAAACGCAAUCCCUCUUAGCCAUAUAAUACAAAUACUACUACAACUAGGUACUAUUACUGAAUAGGAGCCUCCUAGACAACUAGUUCUAGUCACUUCACGUUUUCAUCAACUCUGACCAAAGCAAAUGGCGGUACUACUUACUAGUGAUUAGCAAGAAAGACCAUCACUACAGAACUUCAAGAGAGCACUAAUCGAUUUACCUAAAAAAGACUUUCUAUUCGCUUACGUCGCUGGCAGUGAUCGAAGCAGAAAAACUGGAUAUUAAGGCAAACACCAAAGCAGUACCGAAAAUAACUAAAAUUGAUUGUAAUCCAAAAGUUACGCGCAAGUACAUAUUUUUUGUAUAAUGUUGUACUAUUUUUCAUAUAGCAAAAUUCUAGCAAAUUAUUCAAAGAGGAAGCCUAACAAUAUUUAUAGCCACAUGCAUAAAUUUGUAUUAUACAUUUGGGGUCACACAACUUUACGGGGAAAUCGUUGAGAAAACUGCGCCAAAUUUAAAUACCGCAUACAUAUACGACAUAUGAAACAAUUGAAUAAAUAUACAAAUAUGAACAAAUAAUGUAUGAAAUAUUAUCAAUGUUUACCGCUAGAUAUUAUCAUUAAAUUUCUUUUUAAAUUUA